GCGAGGGGCUCCCCAAUGCCUUGGCCGCAGCCUUCGUCGAAUCGGAAGCACCAGCCCUCAUCAUGCCAUCAUCUCAGAGUCCCGCCUUGACGAGUUCAUGCGGGCAGAAAUCAGCAUCUUCGCCAAACGGCGGCCACCCUUGCCCCUGCGCCUCGUCGAUGUGGUCAGCGCAUCCUCGUCGCCGCAGAGGCUUGCACGCCUGGUUCACGAGGAGCUUCCGGUACGCUUCGCACGGCGACUGAAGCACAUCGAGAGGGUGGAGGGCUGGGAGCGAGUCCCAGAGCUUCAGGAGCUCCACGCCAUGCACGCCCAGUCCUUCCGGGAUCUGCGUCUCGCGGAUCCAGCGCAGGUGGCUCCCUACGCGGAGGCAAUCCUGCAGAUUCGCCAGCGCCACAAGCGCAUUCCCCGGCUGUUUGCCGAAGCGGUAAAGCGGAUCGGGUCUGGUGGCAUCUGCGAGCCAUCGCCGGACUGUUCCGAGCAGGAGGAGCACGGCAUGGACAUGGAGGCUGUCGAGCUUUGGGCCGAGACCUUCCUACGCUCCCGGGUACUCACCGAGAUCUUGAUGUCCCACUUCGAGGCGCGCGUGAAGAACGCCCCCGCCGAGAGAGAACCGAGCCGUGUGGGCAUCAUCGAUUUGAAGUGCGACCCCUGGCAGAUUUGCCAGGCCGCCAUCACGGAAGUUCAGAGUGGGCCACAUCAGUGCCAGAUCGAGGCCGAGAACUCGUCUGGGGACAUUGAGUUCUGCCAUGUCCCAAGAUACUUGUUCUACAUCAUGGAGGAGCUCCUCUCCAACAGUGCACGGGCGGCGUCUCAGAGGGAAGAGGGGUCCAGUUCGGCAGCGCCCAUCAAAGUGUCCCUGUGUGCGGACGACAGCCAGGUGGUGAUUCGCAUCAGCGACCGUGCAGGGGGAAUACCGUCCAGCUGCGCCAGCAAGGUUUGGUCUUACGUCUACACUACGGCAGCCGAUGCACCGCAUGGUGGCCAACGGCGCCAUUCCCUGCCUGGGCCCUGGGCUAUUUGCGAGGACUCUCCGGUGGCGGGGCGCGGCAUAGGCCUGCCCCUCUGCCGGCUCUAUGCUCUCUACCUCGGGGGCUCCCUACAUCUGAUGCGUGGACGCCUACCUCUUUUUGAACAGGAUCGAGCCGCAGGAUGCUUUGGACAGCCUCCAGUGCUGAGCGACCGCGCCGUCUCAGGGAUUUCCGGGCUUUUUCAUGAAUGUAGGGGCCUGAAAUAG